ACAACUAUUUUUAUUUUCUCUCAUGUUUACAGAUACAAUUCAAGAAGAGAACGUAAGAAUAAUUAAUACCAAAGAAAUAAUAUGCCAAUUGUGUUCAUCCAGUUGUGCACAACAAAAAAAAAGGGAGUAGUGAAAUGUUGUGCAACAACUGCAAUGCUGUAAACAACGUACAACAAAUAAUCGACUUAGGAAAAGAAGAAAAUUGGCGUGGUCAAGUCACUAAGGCAUCAAAAAAUACAACUAAAAAAUCGAGAACAAAAUCUGCAAAGUUAUCAAAAUACUUGGAUCAAAACCAAACUACUUUUGAUUCACUGUUUCAAGAUAAUUUGCAGAAAGUGCCUAUUCUGAAGAAUGGAAAUGCUUUAAAUUUAAAGGGUGUGAAAAUUAAAAAACAAUUGUAUUCAUUUUAUAACACGUGUGCAAUAGAUUCAAUUGUACAAUCGUUUAUUGUUGGAGCAAUAGACCAUUCUGAAGUCGAAAAUGCAUUAAAAACAUUACAAAAGGAUUGUCCAUUUAUUGCACUUACACUAUAUAUAAAAAAGAUGGGAGUUGCACAAUCUUAUGUAAAACGAGGCAGAAUUUUACUGGAGUUUCAUGAAAGUGCUAUACAGAAGACACUAAACAAAACAAAUAAUGAACUUCAAAAAGUAAUACACGUAGACUGCAACACAAAUGCUUUUGACAUGAUGUUAAAAUUAAUUGAAAAAUUACCAAUUAACAGAAUAGUCAUAAACUGUAAUAAUGGUUGCCCUCAAAGAACCCGAGAAACGAAUUAUUAUUUUUUGGAUAACUUACUCUUUAAGGAAGCUUUAAGCGAAGUGGAAAUGCAAGAAGCAUUAACAGCUGACAGAGAUUGUAGCAGAAGAGGAUGCUUAGGACAAUCAGAAGUGCAAUAUGAUUCAAGUGGUCCAAUUAUCUUAAUUCAAUUAACGGACAUCAGGACAUUAACUCAUCUGGAUAACAUCCCGAUAAAAUUUUCUGAUGUACUUGGGACCUCUGAUUAUUAUUUACUGGUAGGAGUAAUCCGUUACAUUAACAAUGACCUUACCUCGACUAAUGGAUUAGGAAAAUUGUCCAUGGGACACUACACAACAAUCUGUCGCAGAAAUAAUCUGUGGACCGAGUUUACUAAUCUCAAUGCAGGAACACAAAGAACUCUAACCAAAGAUGUGGACAAAAAAGUCAACAUAGAAUUUCUAAUAUACAUUAAAGUUGAAAAAACGUAUAAAUAA